UAAUGUUUUUCAUUGUAGAAUCUAAGGAUCAGUCAUUGCAGCAAUGUUUGAAUUUUGCAAUUUGAUUGCUAAUGUUUCUAAAGAAAUAGCUCAUUUUUUGUUUUCAAAUUAUCAAAAUUGGUUCAACAGGUUAUUUCUUCUGGGACUAGACAAGUACGGAAAAGGCGACUGGCGAAGUGUAUCAAGAAUCUUUGUGGUAACCCGAACACCAACACAAGUAGCAUGUCAUGCACAAAGAUACUUCAUUUGAUUGAACUCAAUGAACAAAUACAGAAGGCGAUCGAGCAUUCAUGAUAUUACAAGCGUCAACAAUGGAGACGUCUCAACGCCUCAAGGACCAAUCACUGGUCAAACAAACGGUUCCUCUGGAAACCCCACUAACAAAUCAGUCAAACAAGCUAUUCCGCCCAGAGCCGGUAUACCAGGUGCUGGAAUAUACGCUGCCCCUUCCAUCGGACUACCUAUAGGAGGACUUUUAGUAUUUGCUGUUGGCACCCCGGUGAAUCUUUCCGGAUCUCCACAUACAACAUACGGUAUUCGAGCACCAGUUCCCGGUACCGUUGCACCCGGUGCACCUAUGAACAUGGUCCCUAUGACAUACCCUAUGCCUCAUACUUCUGGUCCUCACAGAUGAAGUGCUUUUAGAAACCUUAAUGUACAAAAAAGUUAGAAGACUAGAUUGGCUUCUGCAGUGGCUGUAAUUUUUAUUUUUGCUACACAAAAUUGCUUUUUUUAUUUAUUAGCAUGCAUGCAUGAAUUUUAUUCUUAUUCAGUCAUUUCAAAAAUAAACCAUAGCAGGAAGAAAUUGAAUGUAAGUUUCAGUAUAGGUUGUUGUCAUGAAAUGUGACAGCUUUGUGACAUAGGAGUAAAGUUGUUUUUGUAGACAUUUGAAUUGCUAUUUUGUUAAACAUUGUUGAGGAAGAAGG